AUGACCUGGCCAGAGACCGAGGUCUUGGUGCACAUCUCGGCACCCAGCAAGGCAUCCGACGAUGUGAGAUAUCACUGCUUAGCCCAGGCGUAUCUGGACUUUGGCGCCGCCAGACGUCUUGAUAACAUCGUUGCUCCACAGCAUAAGCGUAUCAACGCUCCGGUGCAGGCUGUAAGCCUAGGAGAUACACCUGGCCUGCGAGACCAGUUUCGGCCUCGGACGUCCUAUGUCUCGCCGAAUGUUGUCAUACCAGACUCCCAGCCGGAUGCGUUGAAGAAGACACCCGCUUCAAGGAUUAGUCUAAACAACUCUUUCGGCAGCCUGCACGACACCUUCAUAUCUGACUCGCAAGAUGGCAGCAUACAUGGGAAAGACACAUCGCCUACAGAAGAGCAUAGUCCAGAUCUUAGCUUGAUACGAAAGGCACCAAACAAACGAAAAUCAAGCCUGUCUCGGUCGUUCACGCACCAGCUGACCUUUGCAAAACGCGUUGCAAAUGCGAGGCGAGGAGCCCCCGGGACACACUAUGCUUUCGAACCUCAGAAUGAGACACAGUCCUCAGGAUGGGAAGACAAUCCCUCGUCUGCUAUUGUCGACUUUAGCAGUGCGCUUGAGCUGACCUCCUCACUGACGGAAAAUAUACCCUCGUCGCUGCCAGAUGAAUUGGAGCGGAUACCGGCGACCUCUUCCCCGAUAGUGUAUGGCAGAGCACACAGAAGUGACGCGGACGAAACUGCUGCGAGUGCUGCCAAAGACACGUCUGCCCGGAAAAGCAUGCAGUCUGUGCUCUUGAUGUCAUCCUCGCAACCCGUCAGAGAAUCAUACCAUACAAGCCUGCGUAUUCUGCCGCCCGAGCCGGCGUUAUCUUGCGCCCACCUGGAUGUGGCGGCGCUUGUUACCGACGAGUUGGCUAAGCUUGCCCACGACCUGGACUUGGCCCGUCGCUACCGGCCGUCGGAGCCGGCUGUCCGCGUCCUUCGACCCUUUGAGCGCGGCUUCUGGAAGGUCAACACCUCGUCCUGGACGGCAAAAAGUCGGCACGAGACAUGGGAAUUUCUGGCAAAGUAUGUCGGACAAGGAAGCGCUGGAUGGGGUGUGUGGUGCUCGCGCGACGAGGAGCCGCACGCGUGGCUGCGCCUGCACUGCUUUGCUGCCGUUGCUGGCCACACAUAUCUCCUUCUGUAUGCGGCGAGCAAGCAAGUUCAGGACAUGGAGGUUGCCUGGCUGGACGCAUUAGGCACGCCGGUCAUUGUGGUGAGCCCGAAGAAACGGCGCCGCACAGCUUCUGGGAUCUAG